AUGGCCUCAAGGUUGGUGUCAAGAGCCGCCUGGCUCACCUCUUCUCGAAGCAUGUACGAGAAUCCCUACGUCAAACGAUUCAAGGCCAAAAACAAGGUUUCCCCAGAUUAUUUCAAACAGAGCACUGGUCUGACUGGCCUCUUCGUCGAAGAACACCCACAUCGUGCCCUCUCCGUGGUUUAUGGCCGUAUUUUGCGUGCUCUUGAGAAGGUGCCGAAGGAUUCGGCCUACCGAAAAUACACGGAACAGGUCAUCCGACACCGCUUGAACCUGGUGCAAACGGAACUGGAUGUGCUGAAGUUGGAGCAGAAGAUUGGAAUGGGACAAAUCGAAGAAGUUCUGCAGCAGGCCGAAUACGAGCUAGAAGCAACGCGCGCCAUCAUCGAGUCCAAGGCCUGGGAGCCACUUAUCGAAAAAGCACCUACUGGCCAGUGGGCCUGGCCCAUU